AUGCUUGGCCAGAUUUUUUGGGGGAUGUGCGUCGGUCUGAAAACUGUUCAUCCGCUUCUCAAUUGUAUUUUAACUCGUAUUCACUUUUUCGUUUUUCCCCUUUAUCCGGACAUACCCAACCCUUCUCUCUCUCUCUCUCUCUCUCUCUCUCUCUCUCUCUCUCUCUCCCUCCUUCCCUCCCUCCCUCUCUCUGAUCUUUCUUUCUUUUUCUUUCUUUCUUUCUCAAUUUUUCUCUUUAUUUGCGAUAUUUUUCAUAUUAAUUUCAUCACUACAAUUAUAAUUUACUACAUUAAACCACAUAUAUACUCAUACACCUCUCCCCCCUCUCUCUCUCUCUCUCUCUCUCUCUCUCUCUCUCUCUUACACACACAUAUUAUUUAUUUAUCCUCUUUAUUCCUUUUAAAUUCUUAUUUCAUACUUGGGCACAGUUGUCAGACAUCUUUUCUCACAUUUAUUCCAUCUACCCGACUUUUUUCUUUCUUAUUUUCCAUCACGUUUCCUUUCUUACUUCCCCCUUUCCUCUCUCUUUUUCUCUUUCUCUUUUUCUUUUUCCUUUUUUAUCCGACAUUUCUUAAUUCCUCCCCUCCCUUCUCUUUUAUUUUUACUCAUCUCCUCUUUUUCACUUAUCCUAAUCUAUUUUCACAUUCUAGCUAUCUCCCUCUUAUUUUAAGUUACUUUCUCGUUCUCUCUUAUUGUCACUUAUUCUCUCUUACGCUUUGUCUCUGUCUCUGUCUCUCUCUCUCUCUCUUCCUAUUCUCUCUCUCUCGCUCUCUCUCGCUGUGCUACAUCCUUACCUCCCAGCAUUAUCUCGACCUCGUUUAUGAUCUCCUGAACGUUUAUGUAGCGUUUUUUAAACUCUACAAUGUGUGA